CACACCUAUUGACCUUUCAGGAACCCACAUAUUCUCCUGUAUUUUUCGCUGCACUUCAGUCUGUCUCGCUUGAGAAAAAACGUACACGUUUACUGCGGUCACGAUAACAAACACAAUCAACCAUCCGCCAAGUUAGCUCGUUGUUCGUCUUAAACGUCUCUAGCUCCAUAACGUCCCCAGGCACACCUAUACGACGCCGUGAAGCCCACCAUUCCUGUUUACCUUUUGUUGAUCUGAUCCAGACAUGCCUCUCUGCGGUUCCGCCCCUAAGCCUAUCCAGCGCAAGAUCGUCAUCCUCGGCGAUGGUGCCUGCGGUAAAACGUCGCUUUUGAAUGUCUUUACCAGAGGUUACUUCCCCCAGGUGUACGAGCCUACGGUGUUUGAAAACUACGUCCACGACAUUUUCUUGGACAACAAACAGAUUCAGUUGUCCUUGUGGGACACCGCUGGCCAGGAGGAGUUUGAUCGCUUGAGAUCCUUAUCAUACUCCGAUACACACACUAUCAUGUUAUGUUUCUCUAUCGACUCGCCGGACUCCUUGGAAAACGUCCAGACCAAAUGGGUGUCUGAGAUCGUAGACCACUGUGUAGGCGUCAAGGUGGUGCUCGUGGCCUUGAAGUGCGAUUUGAGAAACAUCGAGGGCGACUCCGAAGACGAGGCUGAAGAGGAAACACCGACGGAUGCCAAUCCGUAUGCCAAGAAGAGCAAGAACAAGAGAUUCAUUCCGUACGAAGAGGGCUUAGCCGUGGCCAAGAAGAUUGGUGCCAUGAAAUACUUGGAAUGCAGUGCUAAAAAGAACAGAGGCGUCAAUGAGGCCUUCAGCGAGGCCGCCAGAUGCGCCUUGGGUGCCACUCCUAAGGGCGCCAACGGCGAUACCAGCGCCGAAGAUACUAGCAGCGGUUCCUGUGUCGUUAUGUAACCCUCAUGUUUUCCUUUCGUUACUCUAAUUUAUCUCGUCAUUUUAUGUGCAAAGACUUAUAGGCAACGAUGUCGUACUGAUGUGGGAAACUAAUAAUAAUAUUAACCAUGGAA